GUAUAACAGAAUUGUUUGUUGGAUUUUAAAUAAUAAGUGUAAAUAAUAAUGGCGUCGACGAGUGAGAGCAGCGGUGGAACUGAAUUACAAACGACAGAAAAACAGGGUAGACAAUUGUCAAAUUCAAUAAAUGAAAGAUUAGACACCCCAGAAAGCUUGCAUACACCUGCAGAAGUGUCAGAAGCCACAGAUAAUGUAGAGGAAGAAACACAAAAAAUCGUUGAACAGUGCUGUCAUGUAGAUGAAAAUACUGCACCAGCAGAUGAAGAGAAACCAGUGUGUCCCGAUAAUGGCUCAGAAUUUCAAGAUCUGAACAGAAGACAUUCACUAUCAGCCCCUCAGUAUAAACCUAGAAGCCUAGAUGAGGAAAUUCAGGCAACUCCAAAAGUUAAUUGCCCUGAAAAAAUUAUUAUUUGUGUAGAUUUGUCUUCAGAGAUGGAAAGCUCACCAUUUAAAUUAGGAGAUGGCUCAAGACUUUCAGCUCUUGAAAUGAUGAAACGUACCUUGGAAAUAUUUGUCCACAGCAAACACAGAAUAGACAAGAGACAUCAAUUUGUUCUGGCUGUACUCCACGAAAAUGCCCUGUGGCUAGGAGAUUUUACUUCAGAUCCUAAAGAAAUAUGUUGUAUGUUAGAAGACUUGAACGAAACUAAGCCGUGUGAAGCUUGUAAUUUAUCAUCUAUUUUUGAAAUUAUGUCAGAACAAGUAGAACUGCCAAUGCUUUCCAAUCCAGCUGUUCUUCCUCCACCAUAUGUGGUAAGACUUCUACUGAUUUAUGGUCGAUCCAAUACCGUGCCUGAAAUUCAGAGAAACCAAGAGAUAGUAAAGAACUUUCUUGAUUCUUGUUAUUUUUUUUUGGAUGUUCUGUAUAUCCAUGAUUCACCAAAUGAGGAUAAUAAAAGUCAGGAGAUCUUCGAUGUUUUCUGUGACAUUGAUAAAAGGUCAACAUUUUAUAUCUUUGAGGUAGCACACAACACAACCAAAUUUCACAACUGCAUGGCUAAGCUUUUAGCUCACCCGCUUCAGCGACCUUCUCAGAUGGAUACAUUUUACAGUGGAGCUUUCUGAAGACUAAUUUUAAGGCUAUUAAACAGUACAAUACUGCAUAAAGUAUUAAAAGUUUUUGUGCAAAUGUGACAAGUUAUUUGAAAACUUGGAUUAUGGACCUUCUUAGAUAAUUAAAAGUGAACCUGCUGAGUUGCGUAUCAUUGAAACUUGCAAUAAGAUUUGUUGCCUAACUUAUGAGGAAAUCCAAGUUAUUCACCCAAUUCCACUACUAGCUUUAUUAUUUGAAAUAUUGUAUUUAAUCAUAUAAAAAACUUGAGUUGAUUUGGUCAUGUAUGUAAACAGAUAAAAUAUUAGUGGAAAGAAUUGAUAAUACCAUUUGCUUUUUUUUAAUCCAAGAAAAACGUAUUUGUCAUAUUAUCUAUCUAUAAUGUCAUUAUGAUUGAUAAUAUUACAUGUAUUUUAAUUAUUUCAUGUCGUAACAAUAAAAUGAACUUUUUUUUUUUUUUUUUCUAGAAUCAUAUGCUGCUAUAUGUGUACUAGUUCCAUUAAUUUAUACAGUGGUAGAACUUCUGCUAACAAUGAAUAUUUUAAUGUAACUUGAGCUUGACUGGUGUUUAAUGACUAUAAUUAGUAUUAAUAGUUGGUGUUAGUAAUAAUUUCAGAUACUGUCUAACGUGUAAUAUUUACUAAAGAAAGCAUCUUCUAUUAUCAACCAAAGAGUAGUUAGAUUUAUAUUCAGUGUUAAUAAAAGUCUGAUAAUGUAACUUCCAGUACUUAAGCUAAAGAAUGCAGCUUCUGUUAUCAACAAGAUAUGGUGGUUAAAUUUUUAGUUAUUACAACCCUGUGUACAUUUUCUGAAUGAGUAAAACAGGCUACUGCAACAACUGGGUAACCAUCAAGGUCAAAUUCUAUAUUGCACCUAAAGAUGUUUUUUUUUUUUUUUUUUUUAUUAUCUUGUUUCAUUAUUAUUAUCUAAAGUAUUUAUUGGUAAAUGAUUUAUUGUUAUAUAUUUUAUUGUUGUAAAACCUACCCAGAUUUUUAGGUCUAGGGUUUCAGUUGUUCAAACAAAAUAAAACUAAUUCUGCAGAGUUACACAAAUGUUGAAGCC